AUGAGAGAUAGGCCCGUCAUAAGCAUCAGAAAUUACACCAUAUACUGCGGCGAUGCUGAUGAGAACAAAGACGCCUUCUAUGAUGAACUCAAUACGUUGAUGUCUAAAAUACCAAGCCAGCAGGUGGUCAAUAUCGGAAUCGACGCAAAUGCGAAGAUGGGACUCGAACAGCAAUCCGAUAUGCUAGGAAAAUGGUAUUAUCCAGCGGAGCACGCGUCGGACAACGAGGAAUCAUCGACGCCCUUAGCUCACGUGGCAGGGUCAACCGUUUUAACGCCUGAAGAGCAGCGCAAGCGGAAGAUGAGGACCCUUAAACUUCAACUCGACUACGUUCUGGCAAGGAACAUUCCUCAGUCAAAUAUCCGAAAAUCUAGAGCCGUUUGGGACGUCGCGUUCGACUCUGACCACCGUCCAGUUCUUCUCAACUUCAAGGUACUGUUCCACAAGAGAGACCGAGGAGUUCCUCUUCAACCGAAAAUCGACAUGGCAGGUCUGAAAGACGAAGAGUGGAGAACGAAAUUCCGCCAGUGUGUGUCUCUUCAUGCUGAAGUACGGACCAGGAAGAAACUUAGCGAUGCAGAUUCCUUCACAAAGUGCAUCCAGGACACUGCAAGGGAAACGCUCCCGGUUCUAUUGCCGCGGAAGAAGUUUGCCUUAGCAUCUGCGAAAACAAAAUCCACGUACAAUUCUGUAUGUGUCGCGCGCAGUGCUGGUGACUUCAACCAGGAGAAGCGUCUUAGAAGGAAGCUGCGUCGUCAACUGCAACAAGACCGUGAUAACGAGUGGACGUCAAGAGCGAUGGAAUUUGAGAAGGCGUGGGAGGACAGGAACCCGCGGAAAGCAUAUACUCUACUAAAACAGUAUAGCGGCAAAAUGAAAAGAUGUUCUCCUGUCCUCAACACUGCCAGCGGAGUAGCUGUCGGUGAAGCAACCCUUCCAUUUUGGAGGGAACACUUCAAGACCUUGCUGAACCGGCUAGCACCGUCAGCUCCUGAACUCGAGCACGUUCAUAGACUGACAUAUGCGGAUGUAAAAUCUGGUGGAGACGACGGGAUUAGCGCAGAAAUGUUCAAAUAUCUUCCUCCGUCUGGGAUUCGUGACAUGACAAGGAUCAUCCGUUCAAUCUGGAUAGACGGAAGGAUACCUGAUUCGUGGAGGCACGCUAUCAUAAUUCCCCUCCACAAGAACCACGGAUCUCCCUCACUAGAGGGAUCACAGCCGGUGGAUUCAGGGGAUGGACUUCCUGUUUCUGCUGAGCCAGGACUGACUCAUGACAUCCUUGUAUCCCGCACGUCGGUCCGGCCAAAAGCUUGCAAUCAAGUGACUGGGAGGUGCAAGGGAGGCGGUUUGGAGUCGCCUCCAACAAAUAAGCUCCACAUGUCCACACCGGGAGAACGAAAGUUCUCCCAGAAACUCAUGGGACUAGAGGCUUGCAACCUGCCCAUGGGAACAUGCGACAGUAGAGGUGUUGGUGGAGUUGGCGUCCUCGUCAACACGAAUAUUGCAAAGAACAUCGACUCUUUCGAACAACUUACGACCCGUAUCGGACGUCUGCGGAUGAGAAGAUGUGGUCCAGCACCAGCCUUGGCUAUCUUCGUCGCUUACGCUCCAACAUCAAGCUACGAAGAAGAAGUGGACGCUUUCUAUAUGGACCUGGAGAAGUUCUACCGAGAAAAUCACGCCUUCUAUAAGGUCAUAAUUGGCGAUUUCAACACCAAAGUUGGCCCAAGAAGAACGCCGGAGGAACUUCACAUCGGUACCCACGACCUACAAUGGAAUGACCAGGGAGAGAGGCUCUCCGAGUUCAUCAUGACGACUAAGACCAUCCAUGGGAACUCGCAAUUUCAGAAGCCCUCUUCUUUACGCUGGACGUGGGAGUCACCCGGUGGAGGGUACCGUAAUGAAAUAGACCAUAUCAUCGUCAAUAGAAGGUUCUGCCUGACGGACGUCGGUGUUGUACCAAAGUUCUAUACGGGAUCAGACCAUCGCCUCCUCCGAGGAAGAUUUUCCUUCACAAGGAGAGCAGAGAAAGCCGCCAAGUUCAGAGAGAGAAAUCCCAGGACUACCAUCAACUCCUCCACAACGGUUGGGCGACGACCUGUGGUGAAAGCUAAGCUCGCCGUGGCAUGGCUGCUUAGUUUGGGGAAAAGUCUCUUUGCCACUCCAGCAUAUUCACUGCCUCAGUACCCUGCACACUGGGCCCUGCCGUCUCAGACGUCGGACGGUAUGGCGACCGGUGAGAGGCGAUCAAAUCUCAGGUUGCUCAGGACGUCAUUGAUUCUGGACCAAGGCGACACACGCACGACUCGCCAUGGAGACUGUCUCAGACUGUGUACUUACAACGCGAGAACAGUUUCCACAGACGCCGACCUGCAUGCCCUUCUCGGAGCUGCAGAGCGUAUCAAAUUUCACGUGAUUGCUCUGCAGGAGACCAAGUGCAGAAGGAGCGACGUACGACAGAUGAAUGACGGUACACUCGUCAUUCGUGGAGAGAAGGUUCCUUCGCGAAAUGUAGGCGGUGUUGGUUUUGUUGUGCACCCAUAUGUCGUCCAUCUCGUCGAUUCUCACGAGAUCCUGUCACCUCGUCUGGCCAUUCUUCGCCUCCGCCCUCUGCGCCAAAAACCCAUCAGUAUCAUCAACUGCUACUCACCAACAUCAGCAGCUGAUGAUUCCGAAUUGGACGCGUUUUACGAGGAGCUGGAGGAAGUAGUCCACAACGAGAAGUCCUUUUACAAAUUCGUUGUCGGAGACUUCAACGCAAAACUAGGAAAGGCCACAGAAGAGGAAUACAGGAUUGGAAGAUUUGGACUAGGGGACCGGAAUGAAAAUGGCAAUCGUCUCGCCGGGCUGUUGUCCGCCGCUCGCCUCUUUCAUGGGAACUCUCUUUUCAUGAAAAAAGAUCAUCGUCGGUGGACAUGGGAAUCGCCCAAUGGCGCGACUCGUGCGGAGAUCGACCACAUACUCACCAACCGGAGGUGGUGUCUACUUGACGUCUCAGUAGUACCAUCCUUUUGUAGUGGUUCUGAUCACCGUCUCCUUCGUGCGAAAAUACGACUUAGCCACACGAUGGAAAAGAACAUCUGCUAUCGGCAACGAAGGAGAAAAGAAGUCGUCUACGACGAUUGCGUACUCGAGGACUCCCUGUCCCAAGGUGACUGGCACAUCGAGGAGGACCCAAACGUGGACUACGAGAUGCUGCUCAGAGGAUUACGAGCCUGUGCUGAACGUGCUUCGAAGUCGCGCACGACAAACUUGGAUCGAAUUUCGAAGACCACCAAGGAAUUGUUAGGAAGAAGAAGGGCUUUGAGGCUUGAUCCGAAUGCAUCGCACAUUGAGCGGCAGAAGAAGAUUCUAGAAGCAGCACAAAGAAGAACGAGUCUAAAGAAGUGCCGCAGGGACCUCCGCGAAUAUAAUAUUCCGCUAGCAACCUUUGCUGAGCGAAGACGGGACUCGCACGUAUUCUCGUCCCCAAUCAUCCCCACUGGCGAUGCUCCACCACGGAUUCUCCCUUCGGAAGUACGAGUCGCUAUCAAGAGCAUGAAACCUGGCACAGCCCCCGGACCUGAUUUUAUAUCAGCAGACUUUCUUCGGGCUGGUGGCCAUCCGCUUCAUGUAAUCUUAGCAGCGCACAUGACAUCCUAUCUUCAGAAAGAAAGGAUCCCAGACCAGUGGAAGACCUCGCGAACCGUUCUUAUCCAUAAGAAAGGUGACCGAGAGGACCUUCGGAACUACCGUCCGAUAUGCUUGCUGAGCGUGUUAUACAAAGUAUUCACCAAGAUCAUCCUCACACGCAUAUCUAGGACGCUGGAUGAAGCCCAGCCUCAAGAACAAGCUGGAUUCCGCCAAGGGUUCAGCUGCUUGGACCACAUCCAGACCGUGUCGAGGGUCAUAGAGGUUUGCCGGGAAUACCGCCUGCCCCUUGUUCUAACCUUCGUCGACUAUGAGAAAGCCUUUGACAGCGUAGAAACGAAUGCAAUACUGUCAGCGCUGGUCGAUCAAGGUGUGGACGCGUCGUAUGUGAGGACAUUAGCCAAUUGCUACGAACGAUGCACGACUAGGAUACAGCUUUUCCACCGCCCUCUCACCAUACCCAUUGGAAAGGGGGUACGACAAGGCGAUACUAUAUCGCCGAAGCUGUUCACGGCUGCAUUGCAAUGGAUAAUGAAAUCACUAUCCUGGGAAGAAAGGGGCAUACGUGUUGAUGGAAGAUUUCUUUCGAACCUUCGUUUCGCGGACGACAUCGUUCUCUUUUCGAGCAGCACCAAUGAAGCAGAAACGAUGCUCAACGAAUUGAACGAAGCAGGGAAGAGAAUAGGACUACGAAUAAACAGAAAGAAGACACAGUUCAUGAAGAACGCGCACUGCGAGGACGGAGGAGUACAACUUGAAGGCUCCCAAAUCGUGGAAACUCCGUCAUACGUAUACCUCGGACGUUCUAUGAACAUGGAAAACGACUUGAAGGAAGAACUGAAUAGAAGAAUGAGAGCAGCAUGGGCAGCAUUCGCAGCCGUCAGGGAAGCUACGGACCAACUGACGGACCAUGAUCUUCGUGCCCAUCUGUUCGACUCGACAGUCCUUCCUGCGCUCUGUUACGCAGCGGAGACGUGGGCAGACACCACGGCCACGUCUAGGAAGCUACUUACUACCCACAGAGCCCUUGAGAGAUGUCUCCUGAAGUUUAACCGGCGCACACAACACCUUGCCGGUCUUAGUAGCUCCGACUUAAGAGGAAUGUCCCGUCUUCGCGACCCAGCGGAAUAUGUAUCGAAAGCAAAACAUAGAUGGGCCGGUCAUAUCAUGAGAAGAAUCGACGAUAGAUGGACUAAAAGAACGCUAGAGUGGAUCCCAAGGGACGCUAAACGCUCAGGGAGACCGCCAACGAGAUGGAGUGACGUGUUCGCUGCACGGAUGGACCAGCUGAGAGCUCAGCUGGAUACGGCUCAAGGACCUCGUCAACGUCACUCACGAAGCUUGAGAACAUCUUGGAUGACAGUGGCGAGGGAACGAAACGAGUGGAAGAGAUGCUGGGGCCCGCACGUCGAGUGA